AUGUUUUUGUCCCAUUGUUGUUGUAGAAGACGGAAGCAAAUCGGUCGCGGUUUGUAAGUGAUUCAAUUACAGCAAAUUGUGUGUUACAAAAUAAAUUAAACAUACGUUUUAACCCAUAUUUAGGCGAGAUAGUAACCUUGUGCAACAAGCGUUAUACAGUAUCAUAGAUCAGUCACAUAAUAUAGUUUCUGGAUACUUUUCGUACAGUGAAGAGCGCAUGCCUCCACCGCCACAAGGUGUUUCUGUCCAGGUGGAGCUUCUGAAAAUUAGCCAUCUUCACUGUUGCAAUCAGAACUGAGGUACCAUGUCAGACUUCACCAUUGAUAUCCAGCUGACAGAACUAGGGUUCCCUGACAUCUUGCAGCCCAGAGAAAUGACCUGUGUGAAGGAAACACCAUCGCCUUCGGCCUCUAACAAUAUUUCCCCUGGAUCCCUGGCUAACCUCCAAAUCCCCAGUUCCUCACCGCCUCCUCCUGCUGCACUCACCCCCACAGCUGUGGACCCAGAACUGGUCGGUGUAGAACAGCUGGUUUCUGUAGCCUCAAGGACUGCUUCUACAGUACAGCAGGUUGCCUCACAGACGGGCCCUCGCAUUACAGUAACCCCAAGUCCCUCUGGGCCCCCUGAGACACUGACAAUACUCUGCCCACCCCCUCCUUCUACACACAAACCGGUGGUAGUGGCACACACUUCACGGCCUGUUAGUCCCAUAUUGCUACCCAAGAGUUUAGUAAGUGGUCAAAGCAAUAGCCUUCACCAAACCCCCAAAAUAACUAAAACUGUCUUGAUAUCUGUGUCUCGUGUUGGAGCUGGUACUGUGUUGACUACUGUACCAGCUCCUUCCACUCCCCCUGUUGAACACUUAAGAACCAUUAAGAAGGAUUCCGAGCUGCCACUGGCAGACCAGACUGCAAUGUUUCAGACCACUCCAAAACCUGUAAACACAGGGAAGCCAGGAAGGGCGGUCGCUGAGGAAGAAGAACCAGGAGAAAAUAUUGGAGAGGGAAUAGGAGGGAGAAAUGGAGGGAAAGGUGUUUUCAAUGAUGGGAAAGUGCAAGGACUGAAAGAGAAAGAAGCAGAAGUUGCAAAGAGUUUAGAGGAGGAUUCUGAGGAAACAGAUGACAGUGAGGUUUCUGAGAAUGAGGAUGAUGAUGAAGAGGAGGAGGAGGAGGACGAACUGGACCCAGAAGCAGAGCCUGGAGGUUCAGGCGAACACCGCUGUAGCGUCUGUGACCUCGUCCUUUCCUCCAGCUUCCAGCUCCAGGAGCACAUGAACCUGCACACAGGGGCACGCCCCUACUGCUGUGCCGAGUGUGGCAAGCGCUUCUGUCAGCUGACCAACUACCGCUCCCACCUGCGGACGCACGCCCAGCUCCAGACCUCAGUCCCACCCGUACAGCUCCGCUGCCGUGUUUGCCAGAAGGGCUUUGAUUCUGAGCAGGGUUUGAAGGACCACCUAGCCAAGUCCCACUUUGAGAAGGAGUUCUAUGAGUGUGACGCAUGCAAGCGCAUCUUCACCUGCCUGACCAAGUGUGAGGAGCACCUGGAGGAGCACAAGCGCGAGCUGGCGGACCACGUGUGUCUGCAGUGCUGCCGCCGCUUCCGCCUGCGCCGCUCUCUCCGCCGCCACAAGGAGCGGGGCUGUGUCCGCAGCUAUCGCUGCACCGACUGCCCCAUGAACUUCAGCCGCAAGAAUGCCCUCCUCAAGCACAGCUUCUCCCACCUGGGCCUGCUGCCUUACACCUGCAUCCAGUGCCGUGCACAUUUCCGCCUGGCCAGGCUCUACCGUAAGCACGAGUGUGAGCCGGAGCGGCUCCACUGUGUGGCAUGCCUGGGCGUCUUUCAGAGCCACAACGACUUCCAGAGGCACAAGAGGGAGACGGGCUGCUGGGGCCAGCAGGGGACCAAGGGGGAUGAGAUCCGCUGUAUGGAGUGUGGCCAGGCCUUCUCCACGGCUGACGAGCUGAAGAAUCACGCCGGGGCCCACCAGAGGGUGAUGACCUGCUCCGAGUGCGGCAAGGGCUUCCGCUCGGCCUUGAUGCUGAUGUCACACAUGGGGGGCCACGCAGGGUCGAGGCCCUGUCUGUGUAAGAACUGUGGCCUGGGCUUCCCUCACCAGCAGGGUUACGAGAGCCACCUCAAGGACUGUGGACGCAAACCCCCUCCUGUGAUGGCUCCAAAGAAACCCCGGAAGGACGUACCUGCUGCUCCUUCCAAACCGCUAUCCCAGCUCGCUCCAAGUUAUCUCCCUGUUUCUGCUCCUGUGAAGAAACUAGAGAGACAAGCGUCAGUACCACUUUCUACCCCAGUGAGAAUGCCAGGCUCUGCCCCUGCCAGAGUCACUAUGGGAGUCUCUGCUUCUACCCCAGUGAGAAUGCCAGGCUCUUCCCCUGCCAGAGUCACUAUGGGAGUCUCUGCUUCUACCCCAGUGAGAAUGCCAGGCUCUGCCCCUGCCGGAGUCACAAUGGGAAUCCCUAACACCACUGCUGUCCGUGUGGUGAGCCCUGACCAACCCACCAAGGGUCUGUGGAAGCUCAGCCUGGACAAACAGCCUCCUCCUGGGGUGUCCUUGGUCAUGUUUGUCCCUGCCAACACCCCUCUGGCCUCUGGACUCUCUGGCCCAUCCUCCACCCCCCAGCUCCCAGCUCUCUCAGGCACACAGCCCCAGUGGAAGGUAUUCAACCCAGCACCAAAUCCAGGAGCCCCUCCUCCGGUGCUGUGCCAGUCCAGCUUCACCUCUGAGCCGGGCCUGAGCCUCAUAGCAGAAGCAAACCGGCGCUACUCCUCUGAUGCCCCGCUGGAUCUGGCCUUAAAGACAACUUACUACGAACAGGAGCCUGCUAAUUUACUACCUCUUGAUCUGUCUAACAAGUCGACUUGCUCCACUCCUCCUGCUAACCUUGUAGUCAAGACUGAACCGAGAGACCCUGGGUUUGCAGAGGAGACUGAGGAAGAAGUAUUCACAAGUUUAACAGGUGAUAAAAAGGGGAUAGUAUUUCAGAGUAAGAGGGAGCCAGGGGAGGAUUCUAAAAUGGAGGCUAUGGCUCAGAAGGGGGGAAAUAGAGAAGGGAGUGGAGAUGAAGACAGGCAAAAUGACAGCAGAGAUGAUGGAACAGCUCAGUCUCAAAUGAAGAAGGCACCAAAGCCGGGAGUCCCAUCAACACUGUGGCUCCUGACCGUCAAACAGACAGAACCUUUGAAGAACACUGCCAAAGUGGAUCUAGUGAAUCAGCUGAAAAUUGAGUCAGUCAGCUCUUUGCACUCCAAAAUGCUUCGGGGCUUAGUCCAUAUAAAGCAGGAACCACCGUCUCUAGAGCCUGACAGUGGAACACAGAUCUCAGACUUCUGUUCGUACAGCCCGCUGACAGCAUUGAAGAGGAAGAUGGAGCCAGACGUGGGGCUGGACUUGAGAUGGGAUGGGGGCACCCCAGGCUGUGUGCUCGACUUGAGGUUGAAUGGAGGGAACCCAGCCAGUUGUGAUGUGGCGGAGAAAGCAGAGGAGAGGAACAUGGAAGGAGACCGUGUAGAGGAGGAGCUUGAGGGUGGCGAGAAGGAUGGCGCAACAGAGGAGAGGAACAUGGAAGGAGACCGUGUAGAGGAGGAGCUUGAGGGUGGCGAGAAGGAUGGUGCAACAGAGGAGAGGAACAUGGAAGGAGACCGUGUAGAGGAGGAGCUUGAGGGUGGCGAGAAGGAUGGUGCAACAGAGGAGAGGAACAUGGAAGGAGACCGUGUAGAGGAGGAGCUUGAGGGUGGCGAGAAGGAUGACGCAACUGAGGAGAGGAACAUGGAAGGAGACCGUGUAGAGGAGGAGCUUGAGGGUGGCGAGAAGGAUGGCGCAACAGAGGAGAGGAAAGCAGAUAUGGAUGGAUCGGAGGAGAGGAAAGAGCAGAAGGAUGGAUCGAAGGAGAAGGAUGGAACCGAGGAGAGGAAAGGGGAGGAGGAUGGAACAGAGCAGACUGACGCCCCUGUUGAUGAACCCACAGCCCAUAACCCAGAGACACAGCUCCCCUCCUCUCUCAUCCCCUCUCCUCCCUCCUCACCACCAUGUAAAAGACGAAGGUCACUAAGGACAAGGGAAAAGCCUAGAGCCCUACGUGACUGUUUAUUAUAAGGGCAGUACUUUAGACAGAGUGAAAAAUGGGAUUGCUGACAACAAUGUUAAUUAGGCUGCCUUUUAAUGGCCCGAGAAACAGAGGAAAACAUAACCAAGCUUACUGUAAAACAAUUCAUACUAGGCUUGUUAUUAAAUUAUAAUAGCAACACAUUUUGUGGAUUAGUGGUGAUUUUUAUAAACCAUGCCUCUACAUGAAUUUGCCCUCUGGAUUUGGUUGCUUUCCUGUAUUCCAAUAAUUUUUUCUUAGCUAUUGAAGACUUACUAUGUCUAUGUUUAAUGUACCUGCUAGUGUUUAGUGAGCUAGCUAACAAUCCUUGUUGUUAGCUGCUUACUGUGUGGCAAGAGAUUGAGAUUAGGGUAAAUAGUGGCUAUUGUUUUCUAUAUUACAGUAAUUGCGUAUGUUGGCAAUAGGGUCAUGCACUUCUUCCAGUGUUAUGCACACAUUUCCAAACACUCCAUAUCUAUUUGACUAUACCAACAUAAUUUAUUUGUUUUUUUUGUUAUAGGUUGUCUAGUUAGUCUUCACUUGAAUGUCAUUGUAAUUUUUGUCGUUUCUAUUCUAUAUAAACUGCUGUAUGGGACUUCAGUCGCCAAGGUUUCUUAUUCAGGUACUGAUGGGGAGUGUUUGGGAGCCAGGAUUUAAUGUACUGUCAACUUUCUGAGAAAUGUUUCUCAACAGCUCGGUUUUUCUGUUUGAUUUGAGUUCCAUAAUGGGUAUAAUAUGCAAGAAAAUGUAUGUGCUGUCCAAUUAUAAUGUUAAAUUGACAUGUAUAUCUUUUUCUAUCACGUUGGAAUGUCUUACCCCAAAUUCAACUGAAUGGUUGCAGUGUUUUGUAGAGUUUAAAAUAUUCUGUUCUGAAAUUGGGAUCUUAAAGGAUACAAAUAAAGAUCAACAUGUCGGAA